AUGAGUGAAAUUCCAACAGAUUUCUUUGAUCCGCUGCAGGGUCAUUUUCUUUCAGUGCUUGACUUCUCUUCGAACUAUAUACGCGCCCUCCGUCCAUUCGUCUUCUCGAAUUUGACGCGUACUAGAUUACUUGAUCUCAGUAACAACCGUAUCGAAAAAAUCGAACCAGAAUUCUUUGAAAACAUGCAGGAUAUCAGAGUUUUAAAAUUGAUAGCCAAUAAUAUAAAACAUAUUAACCCCAACAAUAGUUCAUGGAAAAUAGGUUUAACUGAGUUGGAUCUUUCCGGGAACUGUUUGACUAAAAUUUCCCAAUUCACGUUUCUCGGUUUGCAAAAUUUAACGUUUUUAGACAUGCAAUCAAACAUAGAUCUUACAAUACUGGAAAGGACAUCAUUUAUGGGGCUAAAACAAAUUGAAACUAUCGAUUUGUCACAAUGUAAUAUUGCUAAUUUUGAUUUGGUCACUCCGAGCUUAAAAUCUCUUUUCCUUAUCGAUAACCCUACUUUGUUUCAUAUGACUUUUUAUCCCUUCGAAAGUCUACAAUCACUUGUGCAUUUGAACCUCAGAAAGACCAGGCUUGAGACCGUUCGGUUGUCUUUAUUAGUUGCAAAUAUCUCUCUUUUCGAUGGAUUGGUUAGUCUGACGACUUUGGAUCUGAGUGAAAAUUCAAUCGGCUCAAUAUAUGUUUGGGCAGGUUAUUUAUCAUUUAAACCACUGUCUGCUCUACAAAAGCUCAGUUUAGAAGACUGUCAAAUUUCUUUUCUUAAUCCAUUAGCCUUCGAGGCGUUGACAUUUCUUCGGGUGCUGAAAUUAAGGGGGAACAAAAUAAAGCAACUUCCUAUUGACAUAUUGAACAUUUUUGGACAAAUGACAUACAUAGAUCUCCAUAAUAACCGUUUGACAUACCUCGAUAUAAACCUGUUUUUGAACAAUAGUAGGCUGACAACACUUUUGUUAUCAGAAAACAAAUUAACAAGACUCAACCAAAGUACUUUCAAACUGAUUGGGCCUUCUCAUACGUCUGUCGAUCUUUCAAGGAACCCACUUGAAUGCAAUUGUGAACUCAGUUGGCUUCUUACCUGGAUUAGCGGACCAUUUGUACUCAUAAACAAGAAGAAAACUAUUUGUUCGCCAGCGUCUUUAGAGCCUCUUCGCGAGAAACCGCUGUUUGAUUUUGACUCCAAAACGCUUUGUAGCUAUAACAUCGCCCUCUAUACUUUGACUUCCCUCGCCAUCAUGUUCUUCGUUGUCAUCGUCCUACUCAUUUUUCACUAUCGAUGGCAGUUGAGGUACAAACUCUUUCUCUUGAAAUUAGCGGCCGUUGGGUAUAACGAGAUGCGAGACGCUCGAGACCACAAUGAUUAUGAGUUCGACAUGAAUGUCAUCUUCUACGACGAUGACGAAGAGUGGGCUCGCGAACGUCUUCUACCAACUCUCGAAGAAAGACUCCCGCAGUUUGAGAGGAACGUCUUUGGUGACGAAGACCUCGUGCCGGGUAUGCAUUACUUGGAUGCGAUUGACUACGUGGUGAGCCGGAGUUACAAGACCGUCAUUCUACUAAGCAGAGCCGCCGUGCGCGAUCGUUGGUUCAUGCUCAAGCUCCGCACCGCGAUGGACCACGUGAGUGACACUCAGACUGAGUUCGUAGUCGCGGUCUUCAUCGAAGACAUCCCAGAUGAUGAGAUACCUUUCUUGGCGAGGUUGUAUCUCAGUGACGGCAGACCUUACCUUUAUUGGACUGAGGACGUGAGGGGACAGGAAUAUUUCUUUGAUGAAUUGACGAAAUAUCUUACGAUUAAUCUCAGAACCAAUGACUUGAUCCCCAACGAGUAGAAGAAUGUGACAAUAUGACUAUGUGGCCGUCGGUGGUAAGCAGGGGUACCCUCAAUAUCGUUAUGAGCUGAAAUAUUAGAAAUUAAAAAAAAAAGAUUUUUUAGAAAAGUGCAACGACAUAACAUUCUUUGAGCAAUUCCUUUUCCUAGAUACCUCGUCUUUGAUAAGCGCGAGAAAUAGCAUAUUGAGAAUUUUCAUAUGAAUGCAA